AUGCCAGUCCACAUUCUGGUAUGUCCAUCCCUCACCCUACUUGCUCUGGAACUAACCCUCCUCCUCUCUGCAGACCUCGCUAUGCUUUCCAUUCUCACACUCACCUCGACCUCGAACCUCCUCAACAUUCUACUCGAUUUCUCAAGGCCCUCACCUCGCCUCGACCUCGAACCUCUCCUCAACAUCAAAUCCCUUCUUUCAACAUCUGGAGAUCGCUCUCAAGACAUCUGGGAAAUGCCUCAGCCGCCUUUCUUUGAAGAUUCGGCCCUGCGGCGAGCAGCACCCCUGCUCCCUGACAAGAACAAGCCUGGGUGGUUCAUUGUUCAUUCUCAGCUCAUGUCUCACUCAAUCAUCAAGAAAUGA